AAACUCUCAUUUCAUUCUCUGUUUUGACAAUUCAAUCACCUCACAUCUUGGAGCUUCUUUUCACGUCUUACCUAGUUUUGCUUCACACUCCUUGCUUUCACUUCUCUUCCUUCCUUCCAUAUAUUGUACAAAUAAUCGUUCCUUUUCGUCACUGUUCAUGCAACACUUUCAAUAUGAAGGGAACCCAGAUUGGAAAUGUCAUGUCUUUCUUGAUAUUUGAUGCUUUUUUCUCUCCCCGUUGAAAUAUCUAUGCUGAAGAAAAGAUGGGUGUUUAGUUAGAUCCAGAGUUGAUUCACAUUGAGAUUGUUGCUCUUUAAAUAAAUGAUGCUUCAUGGAGGGAUGGCUAUGCACUUUUAUGCGCCGAUUUGCCCAGCACCUGUUCGACGAAAUGCCAAUGAGGGUAUUACUCGCUUUAGAAGGAGAAUAAACCUGUAUUCAUCUGUACAGAUUUCCUCCGUUGUUCAAACUGAUGCAAAUGACAACUUACCAAGAUCCAAGAAGAUAUCAAGUUUAGGAAAAUCUCUCUCGAAAACUCUAACUCCUAAACCCCUUCUUGUCCAGCCCAACACUGUGGGUGUCAUAGGGGGAGUGUCGGUUUUUUCUACUCUACUUUUCUUGGAAAAGCUUGUCUGGUGGAGUUUGAAGGAUGGACAAGAGAGCAUACCUUUUGUUGUCUGUAGUGAGCCUGCAUUAGGCAAAGGGAUUCCACCUGUUACUUCGUUGUGCACGUUCAGCACAGAUUCUUCACAAUAUGGUCAUAGUGAUGCUCCAAUCAUCGAGAAUUUGAACAGGAAAAGGGCAUUUCUCGAGCUGUCUGGAGCUCGGUGUCUAAUUACACCAUGCCAUCUUACUCAUAGGUGGCUUAGUGACACAUCUGAGAGCUGCAAGUUGCCUUUCCUUCAUGUGGGUGAUUGUGUUGCUAGGGAGCUUAAAGAAGCUACGCUUAAGCCACUUGAAGGAGGGAGGAAUGUCCGGAUCGGGCUGCUUGCAACUGAUACAACAGUAACUGGUAUUUACUAUGAGAGGCUACAAAAUCAGGGCUUUGAUGUUCUCUUGCCAGACGAAGCAACCAUGAAGCAUAUUGUAAUUCCAGCAGUUGAAGCUUUGAAUAAAAGGGAUCAGGAAGGAGCAAGAAAUCUGUUGAGAAUUGCUGUUCAUGUUCUUUUGAUAAGGGCUGUGAAUAUGGCACUAUGCAAUUCAAAUGAGCCCCAGCCAGAAGCCAAGUUGCUGUAUCAAAUUCAUCCUGGAAUGUUGAUCACAUGGUUGAUGCAUAUGAGCUUCAGCUUCAUUUUCCAUUGUCUUGAUAUGCCCAAGAUGAGAUAAGUUGAUGAGCUAUUGCGUAAGGGCCAGGAAAUAACAUGGAAGCAAGUCCACUAUCUUCAGCAUUGAAAUCUCCGCUGUGUCUGGUUUCAGCUCCCUUGCACAUUUGUUCGACUUUGGCUGCUGCAGUUCGUUGUGUCUUCUCGUAUUCACUUAAUGUCAAAGCUCGUUUCACA